AUGGUCUCACGUUCAAUUAUCACGGCGCUUGCCCUUAUGGGUGGCGUCGAGGCGCACACUCGCAUGGUCGAGCUUUUCCGCAACGGAGAGGGACAGGGCGAGGCAGUUGGUAUCCGCAUGGACCUCAACGGAGACACGACGACAGCUCCCGUCACCGAUCUCACUUCCACUGACAUGGCCUGUGGAAGGAACGGACUGACUUCCGUGGCCCGGACAAUCGAGCUCACGGCUGGCGAUGGCAUCGUCAUGAACCAUCGGUCGUGGGCCGACGGCGCUCAGCCUGGUGUCAUUGACAGCAACCACAAGGGAUCCACCGCCGUCUACCUGAAGAAGGUCGCGGAACCUGGUGCCACGGAUCCCUGGUCUACUUCGGCGUCAGGAGAGGGCUGGUUCAAGAUCUCGUGGAACGGACUGGACACGGCCGCUGGCCUGUGGGGCGUAGAUGUCAUGAUCAACAACGGCGGAUAUACCGGAGCCAUUCUUCCCUCCGACCUGGACGACGGUUACUACCUGGUCCGUGAUGAGGUUCUUGGCCUGCAGAACCGCGACGGCGGCAACAUCGUUCCCCAGUUCUUUGUUGGAUGCGCCCAAGUCUACAUCUCAGGUGGAGUCGGCGGCGCGGCGCCGGAGACAGCGUCUAUCCCUGGCCAUGUCACCGCCUCCAGCCCAUCUCUCACCUACGACAUCUACAGCACCCCGUGGGGCGAGUUCCCCGAGUUCGGCCCGGAGGUGUACUCGGUGCCGGUGUCGCAAUCCGCCCUCAAGAUCAGCCAGCUGAAUGCCAACACCGACAACGUGGUCGGCCUAUGCCCCUCCGACACGGUCCUGACCGUCGGCAACAAGUGCUUCACAGAGCUGACCUCAUGGUCCGACGACACGGCCGGCUCGCUGCCCAAGUGCUGGGCCGCGUCAGCCACCUGCUGGGAGAAGAACACGGACUGCUGGAACGGCGUCGAGCCCGUCAUCAACGGCAACGACAAGUCCAGGGGCUGCAGCCUCUGGGAAGCAAAGUGCAACGCCCUCGACGCCUGGUGCGAGGCCGGCAACACCAGCGGGCCACCGGACGCCGGCAAGAUCAUCUCGGAGCCGCUGGACCUCAGCGGUCUGUAG